AUGUAUCCCUUAGAUGUCAUCAACAGAGUCACACAGGGGAGAAACCAUAUAAAUGUAUGGAGUGUGGAAAGAGCUUCAGUAAGAAUGGAGACCUUAGAACACAUCAACGGACUCACACAGGUGAAAAACCUUUUAAAUGUAUGGAGUGUGGAAAGAGCUUCAGUCGCAAUGCAUCCCUUAGAUGUCAUCAACGGACUCACACAGGGGAAAAACCAUUUAAAUGUAUGGAGUGUGGAAAGAGCUUCAGUCGCAAUGCAUCCCUUAGAUGUCAUCAACGGACUCACACAGGGGAGAAACCAUAUAAAUGUAUGGAGUGUGGAAAGAGCUUCAGUUUCAAUAUAA